AUGCGGCUGGGCAAUGGCUUGGAUUGCAUAGCCCAAUUUCCUCCUUCAGAAUGGAGUUCAAGGUUAUUUUGGUCAUUUCUUCUCCAUGCGACGCUCUUUUUGUGCCUGUCCCAACCGUCUAGAUUUGCCACCGUCCCAGCCGACGAAACCGAUCGACUGGCUCUGCUGGCCUUCGAGGACCGAAUAACCAAAGAUCCUCUCAACGUCAUGAGCUCGUGGAACCAUUCUCUUCAUUUCUGCGAGUGGCGAGGAAUCACGUGCAUCUCAGGCAAUCUCACCUUCCUCACGGUGAUUACCCUCGGAGACAACAGCUUCCGCGGAGAAAUUCCACAAGAAAUAGGACGCCUUUUCCGUCUCCGGCUUCUCGAUCUCAGGUCCAAUUCAUUUGGAGGAGAAAUCCCAUCCAAUCUCACCUACUGUUCGGACCUCCAAGUCAUCGAUUUAAAUGUCAAUGAGCUCGUAGGUGAGAUUCCUGUCCAGCUUAGCUCUUUAUCGAAGCUCCGUCAGUUACCUCUUUCUGUCAACCAUCUCUUCGGAAGAAUCCCACCUUGGCUAGGAAACCUUUCAUCUCUCACUCGUCUUUCUAUAAGAAGAAUUAAUUUACAGGGAACCAUCCCUGCUGAUUUAGGCCGCAUUCCAAAUUUAGGAUUCCUCCAGAUAGCUGAAAACAAUCUGUCCGGCACAAUCCCUUCAGCUAUUUACAAUCUCUCUGAACUAUUUAUGUUGUCAGUCUCAGCAAAUCAACUUCACGGAACCCUUCCGCCGGACUUAGGCCUCCUUCUUCCUAAUCUCCAGUACUUGUAUGUGUCGAUAAACUGGUUUACCGGACCCAUUCCGGUUUCGCUAGCAAAUGCUUCUUUCUUUCAAGAGAUCUAUCUCACCAACAACGAUUUUACUGGCGGAGUUCCUAUGAAUGUCGGGACUCUUCGAUAUCUUCGUAUUUUCACUAUUGGCGGUAACCGACUUGGAACAGGGGAAGAAGAUGAGUUGAAAUUCAUCGAUUCGCUUCCCAACUGUACCAUUCCUAUCAGUAUAGGGAAGCUUCAAAAGCUGCAAUUUUUAGGCUUGUCAGUGAAUAGAUUUUCUGGGCGAAUUCCGUCUUCCUUCGGCAACCUCACUGAACUGAAUGAGUUUUACCUGCAAGAAAACAGCCUAUUGGGAAACAUACCUCCUAGUCUCGGAAAUUGCCAAAAACUGACAGUUUUGAACCUUUCCCAAAAUAACCUCAAUGGUACAAUACCCAAACAGCUCGUUAGCCUCACUUCUCUGUCAAUAUCUCUCAACUUAGCUAGAAACUCUUUGAUUGGGUCCUUACCCGUGGAAGUGGGUAGCUUGAAAAAUCUUGAAGAACUAGAUGUUUCCGAGAACAAAUUGUCGGGGGAAAUUCCUGAAACGCUAAGCGGUUCCAGAGCUUGGAACGGAUGUACAUGGAAGGGCCAACUGCCAGUCCAAGGGGUGUUUGAAAAUGCAAGUGGGAUUUCUAUCAUAGGGAACAGUAAACUCUGUGGAGGUAUCCCAAAAGUAGGCCUACCCAAAUGCCUUGUUCUGAGAUCCAAAUUGCGAAGGUUUUUAAGCCUGAAAGUAAUCAUACCAGUCAUCAUUGUUGCUAUGUGUUUGAUUUCAUUAUUGUUGUGCUUCGCUCCUCUUCUUUGGAGAAGAAAAUCAAGACAGAAGCAUUUGCAAACUUCCUCAGAAGACCAGUACAAGAACGUCUCUUAUGCGGAGCUUCUCAAAGCAACUGAUGGGUUCUGUUCACACAAUGUGAUUGGCAUAGGAAGUUAUGGCUUUGUUUAUAAAGGAUACUUUGUUUCAGAUGGCCAAAUUGUUGCAGUGAAAGUACUCAAUCUUCAACAACAAGGAGCUUCUAGGAGCUUCCUUGCAGAAUGCGAGGCAUUGAGAAAUGUCCGGCAUCGGAAUCUCGUCAAGAUCUUAGCAUCCUGCUCAAGCAUCGAUUUUAAGGGCAAUGAUUUCAAAGCGCUAGUUUUCGAGUACAUGCCAAAUGGAAGUCUAGAGGAAUGGUUGCAUCCAAAAGUCGACGAGGAACAUCAACCAAGAACUUUGAACCUUAUUCAGAGGUUAAACAUAGCCAUUGAUGUGGCUUAUGCUCUGGAUUAUCUUCAUCACCAUUGCCAAACGCCCAUUUCUCACUGUGAUCUCAAGCCAAGUAAUGUUCUUCUAGACAAUGACAUGGUGGCCCAUGUGAGUGAUUUUGGCAUUGCAAGGUUCCUUUGUAACUCCACAAACAAAACCAACUCCAUUGCGGUGAAGGGAUCCAUUGGGUAUGUUGCUCCAGAGUAUGGUAUGGGUGGCAAUGUUUCUACGGCGGGUGACGUGUACAGCUAUGGAAUUCUUUUAUUGGAGAUGUUCACGGGAAAAAGGCCCACGUAAGACAUGUUUAAGGACGGUUUAAACCUUCAUGAAUUUGUCAAGAUGGCUUUGCCAGAUCAAGUGCUGGAGAUAGCAGACCCGCGACUCUUAGAGGAACAAAAAGAAGAACAAGAGAAAGAUCAAGAAAUAGAGGAAGAAAUAGCAUCCAAUCAUAUCAGAAGUCCGGAAGUCAAAAGAGGUAGUGUCUUUGGGUGCUUGGUUUCUUUGUUUGGUAUUGGAGUUGCAUGUUCUGUUGAAUCCCCAAGAGAAUGGAUGCUGAUGAAAGAUGUAGUCAAUAAAAUGCAUGUGAUGAGAGACAUGUUUCUUGGGGCUGGGAUCUAUAGGGAAGGAAGAAACAAGACCCUUCGCUGAUGUGGGGCCCAUUCGUCUUACAUCAACGGGGCUGUCAUCAGCUCAUGUCCACUGGCAAUUUGCAUAUCUCGAUAAAAUUGGAUGGCUGAAAACCACUUGUCUAGCUUGUAAUUGUUACUGAUGUGGACAUUGCAAUUGGGGACUUUCAUGGUAAUUGUGUUAGACCAUGGUCAUGUCUGGGAGCAAUCUAUGUACAAGUAUUAUGGAA